AUGGAGAACGCUACGGAUCAUGUGAAACAGAAGCCGGCCUUCACACUGAAGAGAUUUCAUAUGUCUGAAGAUUAUGGUUUCCUUCUUCCCAAUCCAUUGAAAGAACUUCCUCCUUUCUAUAAUCCAUGGAUGGAGAUUGCUCACAGGUUGGUUUACUUGAUUGAGAGCCAUCAGCUUCGUUCCCAGGUCAACAAGAUGCCUCUACUAAGCUGCCAAUACCUCCAAGGUCACCGAGAACUCUAUUUGGCCCAUAUGGUCCUCAGUUUCAUCACAAUGGGCUACGUCUGGCAAGAAGGUGAAAAAGAGGUCCCCAAGAUCUUGCCACGAAACCUGGCCAUCCCUUUUGGAGAAGUCUCUGAAAUGCUAGGUCUGCCUCCUAUCCUGGUCCACACAGAUUUUGUUUUGGUGAACUGGAAGAAAAAAAAUCCCCACGGGUGUCUGGAAAUUGAGAAUCUGGAGCCCAUAGUUAGCUUGCCUGGAGGGACAAGCACAGUUGGGUUCAUUCUCGUCAGUUUCCUGACUGAGAAAGCUGCCGCACCAGGACUCAAGGCAAUUGCCAAGGCUGUGAAUGGACUUCUUCAUCCAGAUGACAAAAUCCUGGCUGAAGCGUUACAAGAAGUGACAAACACACUUCAAGAAAUGACCCAAACUCUGAAGAAAAUACAUGGUAAGUUGUCCACUGGUCCUCUUUUGUGACGUCCUUUUCUCUUUUUCAGUUGGAAAGAUAACCCCGUGUUACCGGAAGGGCUGCUGUAUGAAGGCCUUUGUGAACAGCCUCUGGCGUAUUCUGGGGGCAGUGCGGCCCAAAGCUCCACCCUGCACGCCUUCGAUGAGCUGCUUAGUAUCCAACACCAGAAAGAAAGUGCUGCAUUUUUGCACAGGAUGAGAAAAUACAUGCCUCCUCAUCAUCAAGCCUUCAUUGAAGAAAUCCAAUCUGUCCCUCCACUGAAGGAUCAUGUCUUAUCUUCUGGAAACAAAGACCUUCAGUCCCUAUAUAACAAAUGUGUGGCUGCUCUUUCCGAGCUAAGGACCUACCAUAUCACCAUGGUCACCAAGUACAUUGUCAUCGCAGCUAAAAAAGCCAAGGACAAACUGAACAAAAUUCCUCAAACCACAAGUCCUCCAUCUUUCCUGGAAGGGGUAGGGACUGGGGGCUCACGGGUUCUGAAAUUCUUAAAAAGUGUCCGGGACACAACAAGAGAAGCUAUGGUACAACUCUAA